UAUCGAUUUUUGAUUUUGGCUUGGUGGGAAAUUUGCCCGCCCUUCCCUUCCAUUCCAUCCCUUCUAGUCAAAACAACAUUUUGCCCUAGCCCUUUUUGAGACUUUGCAGCGCUUCGUCACUCCAACAAUGUCAUCCCCCUUCUCUACGGUGGCUUACAAAUUUCUUCCGUGUUUCUUCUCUAUCGGACUGACGGAUAAUCCCGCUCUCACUGCCUUUCAGGUUCACCAUGUUAACUCAGUGAUUUGUCACCAGAAUUUGAAGCCAAUUAGUGAAACAUUCAGGCUUAUGAUAACUUUAUGCGUCAAAAUCAAGGAUUUUGAUGGUGCAUAUGGAAUGCUUAAUGAUUUGGAGAAAAUGAAUUUGAAGCCAACAGCUAACAUGUACAAUGCCAUACUGAGAGGGUACUUCAGAGAGUUUCAGGACCACUAAAUCAUGAGCGAGGAACGAAACCUGGGAGGGAACAUAUUCAUCCUCUUAUGGUUUCAAGUAGAGCCAACUUGUCUAAAUUAUCGGGUUUAGUAGUGGAUAAGACUUCAUCCUCCGAAGAUCUGCAUGAGAGAUCUAGCCCUUCAUGGCCAAAAACAGCAAAUAAUGGAAGGAGAUUUGCAAGAUCAGUUAAUGAAGUGGAGUUGACAAGAAAGCAGGAUAGAAAGCAUUACACACGAAGAGUGCCAUUUUCUCACCCAUGAGAUGAUGAAUGAGCCUGCACUAAAGAGCAGAGUCUGGUGAGUUUGAUUUAUUUAUUUAUUUUCAAUUAAAUGUUUUGAUUUAGAACAUUGUAUACUUCAAUUUGUUCCAAUUUUUUUUUUUUAGGUUUCCCAAAGAAAAAGAAAAUUCAUUAAAUUGAUUUUUUACUUUUUUUUACCCCCUCAAUAUAUAUAAUUUGUAUUUUCAUUUUUUAAUCAUGCUUGUAUAAACUUACAAAUAGACAUUCAUAUGAUACAUAUAAUUAUUAGCGUUGGGCAUUUCACAUCUAUUUACAGCAUGGUUAUCUGAUGGCUGAACAUGUUUCGUUAUUUUCUUGUGAUUACAUGCCUAUGAUAUUAACAAUGCUAUUUGCAGUUCUGGUAAUUAAUAUAUUUUCUAUUCAUAUUUUGUUCAUUAUUUCUCUUGGUCUAGUAAACAUAUAAAAAGCUGAGGUUCCUAGAUUCCAUGAAUUUCUUGUUUAUUUUGAUAAUUACAUGAACAUAGUAGUGGAUGUUUUGUAGAAUGGAAUUUAUUAUUAAAGUAAGGCAAAAGAAAGUGUUUUUGGCUCUUUUUAUGGAGAGCCAAAGAACACUCUCUUUCGACUUUCUAAAAGAAUUGCAUUGCUUCUUAAGUACUCUUCCUCUGGAAAUGAAUACAUACCUCAAACAAAGGGUGUACUGGAGAUUCUUUAACUUAUGAAUAUUUUAUUUUGGCAAGUGAUUUUCUUGGAUGUUGAUAUAAAAUGUUGUUUGGCAUGCUUAAUCUUAUAGAUUAAAUUCUAUAAUGGGCAUAAUGGAGAUCUGCCCUUAAAAUUGUAUUUGAAAAUGACAUUAUUUAUUAUUUAGUGUCUUGUCUCUAGAGAAGAUGAUCGUCUAUGAGGUGUAUUACUCUCUUACCUUCUUCUUUGUUUUUUUUCCCCCCUGAUUUUGCACUGCUAUCAUUCCAACUAUAAUUAGGCCAUUCAAAGUCAAUGAGGCUUAUAAACAAUUUUGCAUAUAGAAAAGUGGGAAAUGACCACAGCAUUAUAUCAUUUCUAAGGCUUCUUUUAAGUUAUUAUGGAGGUUUGAGCUCCAUUAAAUACUUACCCUGUUCCGUAAUGCAAGUGUGCAGGUAUGCAGAGUGUUUCGUCAAACCUCAUAAUUUUUCCAGGUGCACCUUUUGGAUAAUGGUGGUUUAGGAUUGAUGGGUAGAGAAAGGCUUUUGGAUAAUUAAGUGAUAGUCUUAUAGCUUUUCACAUUGUCUUUAUAUAUAUAUAUAUAUAUAUAUAUAGUCUUAUAGCUUUUCACAUUGUCUUUAUAUAUAUAUAUAUAUAUAUUAUAUUAGUUUGAAUUUCAAUUUUUUAUGUCACUUCUUUAUUUCCCAUUAGUUCUUUUUUUGUAAUGUCAAUAGUAAUUAGCAUUUUUUCAUGUUUGGGUUUAGAGGGUUUUUCAUAAGAUAGGUGGAAUUCUAAAUUUAAGGUUUUAGUUUUCAUAAUGUAUAUUCAUUUAGUUUAGACACUGUAACAUAGUUGGAGUUUUUUUAGUUAUCUUAUUAUUGUUAGCCAAUUGUUAUACUAGGUUGGUUUCAUUUAAUUUAAGUUAUUAUUUUUUUAGAUUAAAAAAUAUAAGGAUGAUGCUCAAGUUCGAUGUAAUGGAGUACAUGUGGUUAAAAUUAUUGCAAUUACAAGUUCAAUGCAACAUUUGCGUCCAUGGUUCCACCUACAUUUCUUCUUGCCACUGCCAUCUGUACUGUUUACUACAUUUGUUUAUAGAUUUUAUUAUCUAUAUUUGUACACAUUUAAUCAUUUUAUUAAGUAACAACAAUUAUUUCGAUGGAAAGUCAAUUAUAGUUUUUAUAAAUAUUA